UUUUGUAAUUCUUUUAAUUUGGAUUUUCUUUGUUGAUCAAAAUUAAUUUGGUUCUUUUAAUUUAUUAAUUUCUUGGUUUUUUGGAAUAAUUAUAUAUUUAGUUUCAGUGAUUAGUUCUAAUUGUGAAAGUAUUUAAAAUGUUGUCUCAAAAGAAGAGGAAGAAUGAUGAUCAUCCAAAUGAUAUUCUUCAAUUUUCUCACAAUUCUAAUUCAAUGUUUAAUCCUAUUGAAAUAACAACAACAACUAAUUCAUCAUCAUCAACUACCACCACUACAACAAUUACUACUUCGUCUACAUGUACUAGCAUGAUUACUGAUCAAGAUGAUGAUGGUGGUAGCCUACAAGAGAUGAAAGAUGAACUAGGAGAGAAUACUAAUUGUGAUAUAGAAAAUAAACCAAUUAAACUUGACCAAUGGUUGGAUCUAUUUGAAUCUUGGUCAAAUAAGGAACGACUAACUGCUUUAGAGUCUUUAAUUUCAAGUGAUAUCUGUGAUGCUGGACAAAUAAGGCAUCUAUAUUCAUUAAUUGAACCACAACUUCAACGAGAUUUUAUUAGCCUUCUACCUAAAGAACUGGCUCUUUAUGUAUUACAUUUUUUAGAGCCUAAAGAUUUAUUGAAAGCUGCUCAAACCUGUCGUACUUGGAGAAUCUUAUGUGAAGAUAAUUUACUCUGGAGAGAAAAAUGUCAAGAGGAAGGAUUAUUGGUGGAAGGUGAAUUUCUUAGUAGUUCUUCCGGAUUCAAUGGAUCAACUCCAGCCCGUAAUCUUAGCUUAUCUCAUGAUUGUAUACCUUUCAUCCGAUCAGAGUAUAAAAGAGGUUAUCUAAGGUUAAAAACUAUAGAAUUUAAUUGGAGAUUUGGACGUUUCCCAAAUGACCCUAGUUCAGAUCAACAACCAGCACAAUCCGCUCAGCCACCUCCUCAACCUCAACCUCAACAACAAUCUCAACAACAACUACAACAACAACCUCAACCUCAACCUCAACAACAACAACUACAACUACAACAACAACAACAACAACAGCCACAAGCACAUCCACAACCAAUACCACAACAAGCACCACAAUCUUCCCAAUCAUCAUUACAACAGUCACAAGAGCCAAAGGUCAAGCAUCGAAUGCUUAAAGAUAUAUUACAUCUAAAAGGUCAUGAUGAUCAUGUAAUUACCUGUUUACAAUUUAAUCCGGAAUCAAAUUUAAUAGUAAGUGGUAGUGAUGAUAAUACAUUAAAAGUAUGGUCAUCUACCACAGGUAAAUGUCUUCGUACUUUAACUGGUCACACUGGUGGUGUCUGGUCAUCUCAAUUAUCUCCAAAUAAUAUUGUCAUCUCAGGGUCAACUGAUAGGACACUUAAAAUAUGGGAUGCAAUUAGCGGAAAAUGUAAGCAUACCCUUUAUGGUCACACAUCAACAGUCCGUUGUAUGGCUUUACAUGGUAAUCAGGUUGUCUCAGGAAGUCGAGAUACAACCUUACGAGUCUGGGAUAUUACAACAGGAAAUUGUAACCAUGUACUUGUUGGACAUUGUGCCGCAGUCCGAUGUGUACAAUUUAAUGGAUCAAUUGUAGUCUCUGGUGCCUAUGAUUAUCUUGUUAAAGUUUGGGACGCUCAAACUGAAACCUGUCUCCAUACCUUAGAUGGUCAUACCAAUAGAGUUUAUUCACUUCAAUUUGACGGUGAAAAUAUUGUCUCCGGGUCAUUAGAUACUUCUAUACGUGUUUGGUCAGCAAGCACGGGACAAUCUAGACAUAUCUUAACAGGUCAUCAAUCUUUAACCAGUGGAAUGCAGCUUCGGGGAAAUGUACUAGUUUCGGGUAACGCUGAUUCUACGGUUAAAGUUUGGGAUAUAAACACUGGUGAAUGUUUAGCCACCCUGGCUGGUGAGAAUAAGCAUCAAAGUGCAGUUACCUGUUUACAAUUUAAUUCUAAAUUUGUGAUUACCUCAAGUGACGAUGGUACCGUUAAAUUAUGGGACCUUGCAACCGGUGAAUUUAUCCGUAAUCUGGUUUCGCUUUCAAGCGGAGGAUCAGGAGGUGUCGUAUGGAGGAUAAGAGCCUCACAUACGAAGCUAGUGUGCGCCGUGGGCUCAAGAAAUGGUACCGAGGAAACCAAGUUAUUAGUUUUGAAUUUUGAUACCGAUGAUUUCAAUACACCUCAACCUGAAACCUCUAGGCUAUAUUCAAAUGAUUCUAGGUCAAUUGCUCUUUAAUAUUGACUAACCUUUUUUUUUUGGCUCCAAAUUUUUUCAUUUUCUUUCCUUUUCCAUUACAUCUUAAUCAUCAUUCUUUCUCUUUCUCUCUCUCUCUCUCACUUCUUAUACAUACUUGUAACUUAUACAUAUAUUAAUAGCUACAAAUGAUGGUGAUUAUUGAUUUUUAUGUUUGAAAGAAAGUGAAAAAAUAAUGAAAAGUCUGAACCCAAGAAUACAAAAUCUACUUGAUUUCUUUCAAGUUUUUAUGAAGUGAAUGUGUAAUCAAUUAACUCAUGAUUUUCCUCCUCAAUUCCCUCAAUAACAAUCAUAAGAAAUGAUAAAAUGAUAAAAUGAAAGAGAGAGGGAAUCAGUAGGAAACAAUUAACAAGGCCUUUCUUUUUUUGCCACCUCGACACAAUUAAUAUCCAAGAAUAUAAUCAACAAAUUUAUUUACAAAGAAACCCCAGAGAAAUCAACAAAUUUCCAAAGAAAACAUCUUUAAUCAACCAACAUAAUUAACUAAUUUACCAACAUACACACACAAAUGACCAAUUAUACAAAAUGUUCCCUCAUCAGUUACAAUAAUUAUCUAAACAAUCAAUUCUCAAUUAAGAUGAUUAAACACCAACUAGCUCAAUGUAAAGAGUGUGAUUAAAAUUAAAUAACAAAUAUUAAAACAAUCAAA